CCCAAAUCUGAGAAAGCAGUGGUGCGGAGGACAGGGUCGUGGGCCAGUCCCGAUGCCUUUGGCUGAGGAAGUGUUGCAGAUUCGGGGCAAGGCGCACUGCCUGGGGCUUCCGAUGGAGGCAGGAAACAUGUCCCGGCUGUCUCUCACCCGGUCGCCUGUGUCUCCUCUGGCUGCCCAGGGCAUCCCUCUGCCCGCCCAGCUCACCAAAUCCAACGCGCCAGUACAUAUCGACGUAGGUGGCCACAUGUACACCAGCAGCCUGGCCACACUCACCAAGUACCCCGACUCCAGGAUAAGCCGCCUCUUCAACGGCACCGAGCCCAUCGUGCUGGACAGCCUGAAGCAGCAUUAUUUCAUCGACCGGGAUGGGGAGAUCUUCCGCUACAUCCUGAGCUUCCUACGCACCUCAAAGCUGCUUCUCCCCGAUGACUUCAAGGACUUCAACCUGCUGUACGAGGAGGCACGGUACUACCAGCUGCAGCCCAUGGUACGCGAGCUGGAGCGCUGGCAGCAGGAGCAGGAGCAGCGGCGCCGCAGCCGAGCCUGUGACUGCCUGGUUGUGCGCGUCACGCCGGACCUGGGCGAGCGCAUUGCGCUCAGCGGCGAGAAAGCCCUCAUCGAGGAGGUCUUCCCCGAGACGGGCGACGUCAUGUGCAACUCGGUCAACGCGGGCUGGAACCAGGACCCCACGCACGUCAUCCGCUUCCCACUCAACGGCUACUGUCGGCUCAACUCGGUGCAGGUCCUGGAGAGGCUGUUCCAGAGGGGCUUCAGCGUGGCUGCCUCCUGCGGGGGCGGCGUGGACUCAUCCCAGUUCAGCGAGUAUGUGCUGUGCCGAGAGGAGCGGCGGCCGCAGCCCACCCCCACAGCAGUCCGGAUAAAACAGGAACCCCUGGACUAGGUCCCAACUCCAUGCCCACCUGAGGCUCCUUGGCCCCGGCCGACACCCAAGCAAUCUGGACACAUUGCCGGAGAGCUCUGCCUACUAAUGCCAGGCCGUGGCUGUGAGACUGAAGGUGGGACCACCCCCGACCCAGGGGGCAGCAGGUCCCCAGGUGUCCUGGCCACAGCAUUUGGAGUGCUGCUUGCAGGCAUGCCCAUGCAAGGACCCAAAGAAGCCACAGUGAGCAGCCUGCUGCCAGCUGUCCCAGCCAACUGAGACUGACAUAGGUGUCCCCGGCUGCUGCGUGCGUGUGGCAGGCCCUCCUGGGUCUCCUUGCGUCCGGUGGGGUGGGAGGGGUUGCUGACUUUUCUACAGUAUUGAAAGUGGAAGUGAGCAACUCCA